AUGGAUGCUAUGAUCGAGCAACAACAACUUGAGGAGGCAGAUAAAAAUAUUCAACAGGAGCAGGAGAGUCAAACAGGCACUAGCCUGAUCACAGACAACAUGUUGACGCAACUUGGUACAGGGAGUUUAAGCAUGAAGUAUUUGUUGGGUGCGAUUGAAGCCAAUAGGUCUGCUACGGGGCUAACUGACCGCGAGCUCCGGACUUUGUUGUCGGAUGUUCGACCUAACCGAUCUAAAUGGGCAAAUGAAGAUAAAGUAGGUCAAGAGGAGCUCUAUGAGGGGUGUGAGCGCGUCUUGAUGGAACUCAGGAAUUACACAGAACACUCAACACCGUUCCUUAAUAAGGUGAAUAAGCGAGAGGCUCCAGAUUACUUUCAGGUCAUUAAGCAUCCCAUGGAUCUUGGAACAGUCCUAAAGAAGCUCAAAUCAUUUGCCUACCAGAGCAAGACACAAUUUGCCAACGACCUUUACCUGAUCUAUUCCAAUUGUCUACUCUAUAACUCAGAUCCCAGCAGCGUUUACCGGAAGCACGCUAUCGCUAUGAAAAAGAAGACGCAACAGCUACUAGAGACUGUUCAGGAUGUAGUUAUCCGCGACAGAGCAGAGGUAGAAGCCGAGGCAGAAGAGAGUGAUGAUGAUGUAGAGAGUCAGGCCGGUCGUCCAAAUGAAUCAUCUAAAGGAAUGGGACGAAAGGACAAGUCGUCAAAGACAGUACACAAGACUAAUGGGGAAUCGUCCAGUCAUACCAAAGAUCACUCCUCGAAACGUGGCGCGACUGCUGUUCCACUCGGGUCCGAAACUCCAAAAAUGGCCAUGGAUCUAGAUACGAUGGCUAACUCUACUCCAACGCGUGAGGCUAGCCGAGAGCCUUCGACAAUGGAUUCAAUAGAGGCACCGAUGCUCUCCUCUGGCUCAUUUGAAAGAGCAAGCGGACUCGGCUGGAGCGGAACACCUAAUGGGAUUAUACAUAGCUCGCCAGCGCGACACCGUAUGGCAAGAGCGUCUGUACCUGUGGAGAUUGAUUUGGAACAGGAAGAGAGAGAAAUUGCGGAACAGCUGCGUGCAGACCGUGGAGACUUGCUGUUCCAAGAAUGGAAGGAAAAGACCAAGAAAGCGCGUGCCAAAAUCUGCUCUACACGGGAAAGUCAGCAACAGUUGCCGUUUGGAGACCAUUUCGCAUUAGAAAGAUCGCCAUGGGAGAUGAAGAAGUCUCGAGAAAUCGACCUUGCACAUGAGAAUGUGUUUCAUGUACUGCUUCAAGGGAAACAGAAGAAAAAGAAGAAUAAGAAAAAAGGUCGUGGCUUUGGUUUGUUAGAUAAUAACGGCACAUUUACGUCGACCGAUGCUGAGGAGGAUAAGGAGCCCUUGGACCCAUAUGAAGAUAUUUAUGACGACAGCGAUAGUGGCAGCGAAGAUGAUGAUGAGGAAGAUUAUGUUCGUGAUCUGUUUGCGCCACCAAAGCCGAAGGAGGAAGAGGAAAAUCAGCAGAAGAAAGUCAAGAAAAUGAACGAUAUCUUUCUUCCAGAGUAUGCGAUCCGAUCAGGCUUGCCUGAAAUCCCUGGUGCAGGUUGCGUACAAUUGGAUGACCAUGAGCAGGCGCGUAAACUGUUUGACGAGUCCGAAAUAUCAAAGCUCGAAGAAAAGCAGCCCUCACUAUCCCUAUACCCUACGGCAAAUGCAACAUCAGGACAACUGGCAGUUGGAAUCGAGCGUAACAUUGAGGAGCUGCGCAAAAUCCGGCACGUUUACACAAAAAUUUUUACCGCCAAGGCUACAAUCUCAGAGCCGAUUCAGAUUGAAGAACCAAUGGAACCAAUGCCUAUACCGCCGUACGAUGGUCCGCUACCACCACUUGUCAUGAACCAUGCCACAGGAAAUGCCAUGCUCUCUAGGGUGGCCUCCAAACUUUUGGCUCAUGCAGGGUUUCAAGGAGCUCAGGCAUCUGCGCUGGCCGUGAUGACUGAUAUCGCUGUCGAGUUCUUCUUGAACAUUGGUAAAACAUUAAGAGGAUACUCGGAUUUGUAUAACAAGGGCAUGACCGCGGAGGAAAUACUACUACAUACUCUGUACGAAAACGGUGUCAGUAGUGUAGGGGAAUUGGAGGGCUAUAUCCGCGAGGAUGUGGAGCGGUAUGGCAACAAAUUACAAGAGGUUCAUAGAAAACUCGAGAGUAGUUAUACAGAUACGAUCAACAACAUUCAUGAGGAAGUAAUUGAUACUGAUUUCGAAUUCCAGGAAAAUGACGAAGCUUUUAUGAGUGGUAAUCUUAUUGGUGGCGUUGACGAACUUGGCGAUGACUUUUUUGGCUUUCGCGAAAUGGGUAUUGAUCGAGAGGUAGGCCUAAGCUCAUUGGCUAUCCCGGCACGGAUUUGGUACGGUGGCAUUAAAAAUAUUCCUUAUAGACCCGGUAUCCACGGCAUUGGACCGAACAAAGGCAAAGAUCCUGCAAAACAAGAAUUGCCCUAUCCACCGCCACCGCCGUUUACUCCACUAACAGACCCGACAGAGACAAUUGGAUUGCUCCAUCCAUUCUUUAAGAAGCGUAUGGAGGAAUUGGGGUCCCUGUUGGAGGAUGAGUUCAUGCCAGUAUCACGCAGGGUAGCAAUGAGGCCUAAGAUUCCUCCAACAGGCAAGAUUGUGAGCUCAAUGAAGAAUCGAGCGAAUAAGCCUGGUGAACUAAGUGCAUUAGCUGAGGCUAAGAAGCGGAAACGGAAAAAGGAGAAGGAUGCACAGGAGGCUGAACGUGCUGAACGCAAGAGGCAAAAACAAGAUGCAAAGGAUAAGAAGAUGCAAGAGAGGAUGGAGAAGAAGAAGAUGAAGGAGGAAUCCAAGCUUAAAGAGAAAUUAACAAAGCCAACAAAGAAGGGUAAGAAGGGUACUUCAGAAGGCCCUGGAGAGGGGGAUGAAGAUGAUAGUGACAUGGAGACGAAACCUGAAGAGACGCCUGACCCAAUGCCUCCACCGGCCACAAUACCACUUUCUAAAACUGCCAGUUCCAGUGGAUCCUCGUCUGCGAUUGUUGCUCUCCCCACAUCAACGCCUAAGAAAACCAAAAAACCCAAAGCAACUUCAAAGGGCUCUACAACACCAGCUUUAGGUUCGGGGUCAACACCAGUGUUUGUCGCGCCGCCAACAUCGAUGCUUAGCUCAUUGGAUUCAGGAGAUGGCGAUGACAUGGAAGAGGAAGUGAUGGAGAGUGGUGGUGGAGGCGGCGCAAUUCGGAUGCUGCCUCCAAAACAAUCAGGGACCUACUCGAAAUCUGGAGAUGAUUUUGUCAAGCCUUCAGUAGCAGGCAAAACAUUACCAGGAACAUUUGCCUCACUAGGCUCCUCAUCUACGUCAAAAUCGAAUGUUGCAGGCAAAACAUUACCUCCGCCCAUGGUAUCUGCGACCAAAUCCAAAUCUAAGUCUAGUAAAGAGAGUAAAGAGAGGGACAAGGACAAAGAUAAGGACAAGGAAAAGGAUAAGGACAAAGACAAGGAGAAGGAGAAAGAAAAAGACAAGGAGAAGGAGAAGGAAAAGGAAAAGGAGGAAAAGAAAGAACGUGGCAGUAAAGACAAAGAGCGUGGUAAAGAUAAGGACAAGUCUGACCGUGAGAGUUUUUCUGAUCGGGAAAAGGAAAAAGACCGAGAAUCAAUCAUCAAGAGCAGUAGUAGCGGUAGUAGCCAUAAGGAAUCCAAGUCCAAGAUUAAAGAUAAGAGCGGCAGCGGCAGCAGUAAGGACCGUGAUCGUAUCCGUGAUCGUGACAGCAGUGACAAGGAGAAGGACAGGGAGCGAGAUAGAGAUCGUGAUGAUCGUGACCGCGGUGACCGAAGUGAUCGUGAUCGAGACCGUGAUCGUAGCGAUCGCGAUCGUGACCGCGACAGAGAUCGUGAUCGCAGCGACCGUGAUCGGGACCGUGAGAAGAGUAGUAGUGGGCGGGAUCGUGAUCGUGAUAGAGAUCGAGACCGUGACCGUGAUCACCGUGACAAGGACCGGGAUCGCGAUCGGGAUCGUGACCGAGAGCGAGACAGAGACCGUAGCGACCGCGAUCGAGAUCGCGACCGAGAUUCUUACCGAGAGCGAGAUAGGGAUAGGGAUCGUGAUCGCGAUCGUGACAGGGAACGCGACCGUGAUAGAGACCGCGAUCGCGACCGAGAUCGUAGCGACCGGGAUCGCGAAAGAGACCGUGAACGUGAUCGCGACAGGGAUCGAGAUAGAGAGCGUGGAGACCGGGACCGUGAGAGAGGUGAUCGGGACCGAGACAGGAACGAUCGUGGAGACCGCGAUAGCGGAUCUGGACCUAUAUCUAACAGCAUCAGCGGUAGUCUUGGAAGUGGCAGUGGACAUCAUAAGAAUGGUAGUGGGGGGGGCGGUAGUAAGGAUCGGGAGAAGUUUUUAUCAUCAAAGGACAAAGACAAAGGAUCAAGUAGUGGGGAUCCACUUAGCUCAUUACCUUUGAUCCCAACGACACCGAAGAAGAAAAAGAAGGCGCCAAUUUUGGAGAGCUCGCCAGGACAGUCGCCGCCUAAGAAGAAGAAGACGAGCUCAAUUCCUGUGCCUCCUUCAUUCUCAGAUGAUUAA